CAAUAACAAUGAAUGAAGUCGAAGAGUGCGAAAUUUGUGGCAAACUGUUGAGUAGAAAACAGAGAUUGAUAUCCCAUAGAGAAAAAAUACAUGGCAUAAAACCUGACCAUGAAGCGAAGAAGUACAAACUUUACGUAAGCAAUUCUGCAGUACCAAUUCCUAGGACAACAGCGUUUCGAAAAAGAAAAUUUGACCAAGAAACAUGUACCCCGUCUGUAACAGUAUCAGGACAGUUAGAUCUAGAAUGCCAAGAGGAAUCCACAACAUUUGAAACAAGAUCAGAAACUGCUGAAUCUUCAUCUUUAUCAAAUUUAGAAAGUUGUCAUUCAUCGUCAAUACAUGAAGAAGAACUUGCACAUACUGUUUCAUAUAAUGAAUGCACAUCUUCCCAGAACAAACUUGAAACUGGUAUGUUAGAAAGCAUAUCUGAUUUAAAUGAACAUGAGGUCUUGAACAGCAAUUCAGCAGAAAUACAUAUACAAAAUGUAUAUGAUAAGACAAUGCAAUCUUUCCCAGUUGCAUGGGAAUGUGAGGCAGCUGCUGCUGAAUUAUCUGAUUGUGAUUCAUCUGCAACAUCUAUUUCUAGAGACUCUGAUAGUGAUAUUGAUACAGAUUUUGAAUCAGAUAUAUCUUCAUCUUCUGAAUUAGAUACUGAUACUGAGGACAACAUAUUAAGUGAUGACUCAAGUUUCGAUCAGCCAGAAAUCGCUAAUUCAGAAUCACAGACAAAACUGACCCAUGAUGAAGAAAAAGACAUGGCAUUACUAUCCCUGCUGUUAAGAUACCAUUUAGGAGAGAGUGGAUCUCGUGAUGUAGUUAAAAUCCUUAACAUUUUUAACCCUGAAAACAAAGUCAAAGAUCCUAAUAAAUUAAAAGCCUGUAUUGGUUCAACUGAGACACAGAUAUAUGAAUUCUGUGACAAAUGUUAUACACUGUAUACUGAAGAAGACAUUUUUCAAUGUGCAAUAGCAGGAUGUAAUGGCAUAAGGUAUAAAGGGCCAAUUAACAAGCAGCAACUGAAAAGAAAGAAAACAUACUUUACCUGUCUACCAGUGAAACAACAAAUAAAGGAUAUAUUACAAAGGGAGGGCAUAUGGUCAAGUAUAGUGAAGUACCGUGCUGACUGUAAAGCAACAACUGAUGUGACUGAUAUAGUUACAGGAGAAAUGUACAGAGAUUUAUGUAAGCCUGGUCAGUUUAUGAAUGGAAAGGAUAAUUUCACUUUGCUUUUCAACACCGAUGGUGUUCCAUUAUUCAAAUCAUCCGGUGUUUCAAUAUGGCCAAUCUAUCUUGUUAUCAACGAAUUACCACCAGUUUUAAGAUUCUCCAGGAGAAACAUGAUAAUAUGGGGUAUUUGGCAGUCCAAAGGUAAACCGGUCUUCAGGACAUUUCUGCAGCCCUUUAUUGAACACAUGAAUCAUUAUGAUAGACCUAAAAGACAAUGGGUAUCCAUAUCUGUAGAUGGUAAGACAUUUCUUACCAGAGGUCUUCUAUUGGCAAGUACAAUGGAUUUGCAAGCAAAAGCGUAUUUGACUGAAAUGACCCAACACAAUGGAAAAAACAGCUGUAUUACAUGUGAAGAUCCUGGUGAAGUGGUGAAGCAAGGACGUGGUCAUACCAGAGUUUAUCCACACCGUAAUGAUACUGAUUUGUAUAAAGUCAGAAAUUCAGCAGAAAUCCUAGCUUGUGGACUAGCUGCACUUCAGACAAAUAAGCCUGAGAUGGGAGUUAAAGGGGUAUCGUCAUUGCAUGGGCUAGAAUGGUUUGAUAUGGUCUGGGGACUGGUUCCAGACUACAUGCAUGGAGUUUUACUUGGUGUAACCAAAAUGUUGAUGAAACUUUGGUUUUCAUCAUCACAUGCUGGUAAACCUUACUUCAUUGGAAGGGCCAUAAAACAAAUUGACAAAAAACUUAAGAAGAUGAAGCCUACUGACGACAUUACAAGACUUCCAAGGAAAAUUGAAAAUAAUAUGCAUCAUUUGAAAGCAUCCGAACUCCAGAUGUGGUUACUUUUUUAUUCUGUACCGUGUUUGAUUGAUAUCAUGGUGUCUGAAUACUUCAAUCAUCAUUGCCUCCUUGUGGAGGGAAUAUAUAUAUUAUUAAGUGACAAGAUCACUGCAGUGCAGUUAAAUCAUGCAGAACAUAUUUUGAACUUAUAUUAUGCACAGUUUGGCAACUUAUAUGGAGUAAAUAAUUGUACAAUAAAUCUGCACAAUACUUGCCGACAUCUUACAUCGUAUGUCAGAAAAUUGGGACCACUCUGGGCAUGGUCAUGCUUCGCAUUUGAAGAUAUGAAUGGUACAAUUUUGGAAUCUGCACAUGGUACAGGAGAUGUUUGUUCCCAAAUUUUGUGGUCUAUGCAGGCAAGAAAACGACUCACUGUUGAUUGUUCUAAAAUGGCCAACUCAGAAUUAAGAAAUUUUGUCGUAGAAGCAAUGAACACAAGAAGAGCAAUAAAAAUAAAACAUGUUGCAGAAAAUUGUAAAAUUGCAGGGGGAAUGAAGUCAGAAAUUCUUGAAGCAGAUAUUUUAAGACAACUCAGACAAGUAUUGAAUUUACCACAGCCAGAUGAUGAUAGUAGUUUAGGAACAAUUUCAAAAGUUGGACGCAUAGUCAAAAAUGACCAAGUUAUAUUCUCCAAAAUCUAUAGUAGAAUGACCAAGAGAAUUGGCCAUGUAGUGUUGAUAAAUAAUAUUAAUACAUGCACUUCUGACAAUUCUUCCCAGAUAGCAUCUAUUCAAUAUUUUGUAUUGCACCGUAAGAGUAACAAAUGUGCGGCAAUUGUGAAAUACAUUACACUAAAGGAAGAAAUGGCAUUGGUUCAUAGGUCUAUUAGUCAUUUAAUUACUGUGAACCCUGAAGAUCUGAAUGCCAAAAACUGUGUUAUAUUAGUUGAAAAUAUCCAAGAAAAACUGCUUUAUCUUGACAAUGCUUGA